CUAAGCGCACGGGUGUUGCCAUUAUCUUUGCCCACACUGUCCCCUUUCUAAGCACGGCUACCCAGGCGGACCCUCUAGGCAGGUUCCUAUUUGUGAAGGGUACGAUAGCGGACCACAAGUACACGUUCGCCACCAUUUACAGCCCGAAUAAGGGACAACACUGGUUCCUAGCGACCACCCUUACCCGGCUAGAGAGAUUCCGAGAAGGAACCCUGGUGCUUGCUGGAGACCUCAACCUCCCACUAGACCCCCGGGUAGACUCAUCUACAG